GGACAAUGUAGGCACGUUUCAUCAAAGAUUAUAAAACCACUGCAGCCUGAUUGAAUUGGGAGAAACAGUCACCUUCAAAUUUCACAAUUGGCGAACAGUUGUGGUCGGUGGAUGGGGCCAUCACUCGCCAAAAUGAAAAUUGCUCCUACACUGAAUCCAUCUCUGGACACCAUCAAAAUGCAGAUCAAUUUCACAAGGAACUACAGAACCCGACGUGACUUCUUGGCAGCGAUCUGUGAAGCAAGAGAGUCCAGAGUGAGACCAGUGGGCUCAGAUAUCGCUGAAAGCAAAGCCAAAAGCAGCCAGGAGUUGUACGCUCUUUACCAUCAAAUCAUCACCUACAUCCUGCUGAGCUCUGGGGUGGACUCGCCGUCAGAUCACAUGGUACAAGAGGUUGCAGCUGCCUUGGACAGCAUCUUCCCCGCAGCCAACAUGGGCAAAUUCAUGAAGCUUUUGAGGAGUGAGAAGGAGCGGCAUCUGAAGGAGCUGGCCAUGGUGGUCACAGGGGUCUGGCUCUUCAACAGAGUCUGCGGGCAGGCUGAUGAGGAUGCCAGCAUUCGGGCGAUAAUUCCUUCCUGCCUCCAGAAUCCUCCAAGAGUCACGUGUGAAGAGAUUGAGGAGGAGCUGAACACUUGCCAGGCUCUGGUGUGGAAAUACACUGCAGUGUUGGAGAAGUUAGUGCACAGUGAGGAUGUGAAGGGCCUGUCUGAAGGUGGCGCUGCUCCUCUGCUGUUACUCAAACAGGCUCUUUACAACGCCAGACAGUAUGAGGGCUUCCUCAAGCUGCUGCUGACUGAUGCCCAAGUCAGUGAAAAACGUGUCAUGAACCUCCAGUCUGAGCUGUCAUCACACCUGACGCUGCUGAUAGAAGCUGUCCAGUCAAAGGAGCGCCUGCUAUCGGGGGCUGUUUUUCUGUUCUUAAAGAAGCUGUCAAAGCUCUGGUCUGAACUUCAGGAGGAGGCAGAGAUGGUCAACACACCUGGGGAGGUCAUGCUGGGGCUGCAGCCCUUCCUGUCCUCUGAGGCCCAGAUCUUCUCAGGGGCUGACUUUGACAAGCUGCUGGGAGGCUCUGUGGUUAAGACAGACGCUGAGAGAAUGACAGAAAGCACAGCUGACUGCAUUGAUCCAGAGGAGAUGGAGAACCAGGACUGGCUCCUGCCUGGAAGGACAGAAGGUUUCAAUGAGCUGCCACUGCAGUAUAAUGGAUUCUGUGGCUACACGCUGGUAAAAACUGGUGGUCUUCUACUUCCAGGGAAUCCACUUAUUGGGCUCCUCAGACAUAAGGGGAAGUUCUACAGUUUCUCUUCCAAAGAAGCUGCACUGAGCUUCUCCUGCAUGCCGGAUUACUUCGUUUCAAUGGUGGAAGAAGAAAGCAAACGCUACCCAGAACUGAUCAGACUCUUCAAACUCCACGAACAGUUCGUGAGCACCUAUUCAGAGCUUCGAACCAGUUUGGAUGCUCGGCCCAAAUGUGAGGUCAGCACACAGACCGACACGGAACCCAUGGAGACGUUCUCUGAUCAGUCAGUUGAGUGGAAUGAAUGGGAGCUGCGACGGGAAGCUGUUAAACUGACUGACCUUCGCACUGCAGUGACCCACUCGGCCCAGACCAACAUGAGCCAUGUCAGAAUAGAGAACUCGACACAAACUUGGCUCCCGAAGGACGAUGGUUGCCAGACCAGGACAGAUGGCGAGAGCAUCGUGCCCAGGCCUCAUGUCUAUGUGGGUGGCCUGAGAGGAAAGAGAGAAGGAGGAAUGGGGACAAUAAACCUGACCAGAGCUGUGGAUGAAUGAAUGAAGCGCACCCCUUCCACUUCUGUGGGGAAUAAGCCCAACUCAGCAAAUACAUACAUCUAUUGGCACAGAUGUCAUUUUAACAACAUCCGGUCUUGAGCUGAAUUGCCUUUCUCUCGCUUGCUGUCUUUCAUUUCUGUUGCUGAGUUUUCAGUUCCUGGACCUUCAUCUUCUUAUAUUCAGUUACUUCAGCCGCUGAGUCAGCGCUCUCCUCCAGUACUGCCCCUUCUUCAUCCACGUUAUGGCGAGCAUCAGCGUUGACUAGCUCCGGCGACAGUCAUAUUCUUUGCUCUCACCUUCCUCUUAAUGUUAUUGUCCUUGUUUGUUUUCGCUACCUUGUUGUUCCCUUGUGGUUGAUAAACUUCACACUCUGCUUUUUGGUCAUAUGUCACCCCUAAAAACUGUAAACUGAAAAAUGCAUUACACGACUAAUAUGUGAUUUUAAUUUCACUUUUAAGGCUUUAACUCCAGCUCUGGCCACAAGUAAAACAAUCAAUAAAAAAUCAA